CAAAAAAUUUUUAAGUAAACAUAAUUAUUAAGUAAUAUCCUUUAAAGGCGUUUAAAAACCCCUACUCCUUCUAUUACUUCUGCAGUUACUGAGUGGUAGUGAAGGAAUUAUGUUGAGGUUUUUUUCAAAGAGCUGCUUCUGAUUGGAAAAUGCUUAGUAAUGAUGAAGACACACCCUCCAGUUCAGUGGCCAUUUUGUAGUGUGGUUCUUCUGGAGAAACAAGUGGGAACCAUCAAAGAAAGAAGUGUAUGGAUCAGAAGAAUAUGGGCAAAAGGCAAUAAAUUUUUCAUCUGGGUCAAUUGGAGAAAUUAUAACUAUGCUGUCCAAUUCUCCACUUUACCAGUACUUACAGGAUCUGGGACAUACAGACUUUGAAAUAUGCUCUUCUCUGUCACCAAAACCAGAAAAAAGCACAGUGACAGAGGGACAACAAAAGCCUCCUGCAAGAGCCCUGCCAAAACAAAGCAUCCUGUUAAAAGUGGCUGAAACCAUCAAAAGUUGGAUUUUUUCUCAGUACAAUAAGAAAGAUGACUUACUUCACAAGUUGGUGGAGCCAUCCUCAUUCUUCAAUGAUACUAGGAUUGUGGAUAUUGGAUUCCGACUCGACUCACUACAUACCAUCCUGCAACAGGAAGUCCUGUUACAAGAGGAUGUGGAGCUGAUUGAGCUACUUGAUCCCAGUAUCCUGUCUGCAGGGCAACCUCAACAACAGGAAAAUGGACACCUUCCAACGCUUUGCUCCCUGGCAACCCCUAAUAUUUGGGAUGUCUCAGUGCUGUUUGCCUUCAUUAGUUUGCUCAUUAUGCUUCCCACCUGGUGGAUUGUAUCUUCCUGGCUGAUAUGGGGAGUGAUCCUGUUUGUUUAUCUGAUUAUAAGAGCUUUGAGAUUCUGGAGGACAGCCAAACUACAAGUAACUCUAAAAAAAUACAUUGGCCGUUUAGAAGAUAUGGCAACAAAUAGCCGAGCUUUUACUAACCUUGUGAGAAAAGCUUUACGUCUCAUUCAAGAAACUGAAGUCAUUUCCAGAGGAUUUACACUUUUGCUUGACAGGGUCAGUGCUGCUUGCCCAUUUAAUAAAGCUGGACAGCAUCCCAGUCAGCAUCUCCUCGGUCUUCGGAAAGCUGUCUACAGAACUGUAAGAGCCAACUUUCAAGCAGCAAGGCUCGCUACCCUAUAUAUGCUGAAAAACUACCCCCUGAACUCUGAGAGUGACAAUGUAACCAACUACAUCUGUGUGGUGCCUUUUAAGGAGCUGGGCCUGGGCCUUAGUGAAGAGCAGAUUUCAGAAGAGGAAGCACAUGACCUUACAGAUGGCUUCAGCCUUCCUGCUUUGAAGGUUUUGUUUCAACUCUGGGUGGCACAGAGUUCAGAGUUCUUCAGACGGUUAGCCCUAUUACUUUCUACAGCUAAUUCACCUCCUGGGCCCUUACUUACUCCAGCACUUUUGCCUCAUUGUAUUUUAUCUGAUGUGACUCAAGGUCUACCUCAUGCUCAUUCUGCCUGUUUGGAAGAGCUUAAACGCAGCUAUGAGUUUUAUCGGUACUUUGAAACUCAGCACCAGUCAGUACCACAGCGUUUAUCCAAGACUCAGCAGAAGUCAAGAGAACUGAAUAACGUUCACACAGCAGUACGCAGCUUUCAGCUCCAUCUGAAGGCAUUGCUGAAUGAGGUAAUAAUUCUUGAAGAUGAACUUGAAAAGCUUGUUUGUACUAAAGAAACACAAGAACUAGUAUCAGAAUCUUAUCAAAUCCUAGAACAGAAGUUGAAGUUGAUUCAGCCCCAUGUUCAGGCGAGCAACAAUUGCUGGGAAGAGGCCAUUUCUCAAGUGGACCGACUGCUCCGAAGAAACACAGAUAGGAAAGGCAAGCCUGAAACGGUGUGUGAAAACCCACGUUGUACUGUGGUACCUUUGACACAGCCAACUCUACACAUUGCGGACAAAGAUCCAAUCCCGGAGGAGCAGGAAUUAGAAGCUUAUGUAGAUGAUAUAGAUAUGGACAGUGAUUUCAGAAAGGAUGAUUUUUAUUACUUGUCUCAAGAAGACAGAGACAGACAGAAGCGUGAGCAUGAAGAAUCCAAGAGGGUACUCCAAGAACUAAAAUCUGUGCUGGGAUUUAAAGCAUCGGAGGCAGAAAGGCAGAAGUGGAAGCAACUUCUAUUUAGUGAUCAUGCUGUGUUGAAAUCCUUGUCUCCUGUAGACCCAGUGGAACCCAUAAGUAAUUCAGAACCAUCAGUGGAUUCAGAUAUGGGGACAGUUGGUAAAAAUGAUACUGAAGAGGAAAAUAGUAAACCCUCCACAGCUGACAAUGAAAUAAGUAGUAGGACUGAGUAUUUAUGUGAAAACCCUCUAGAUGGUAAAAAUAAAGACAAUUCUGCAAAUGAAGUCUUCCUCCAAGGAACUGAAGAAAGAGUGUGUUCCCAAUGUGAGAGUGAAGAGGAAUCUCGGCAGGCGGACGUAGGGAGCCUGUCCACUGCCCAUCCAGCUCCCGGGGACUUAUUACAGCCUUCCAUUAAGCAGAGGCUGGCACGGCUCCAGCUGUCACCGGAUUUUACCUUCACUGCUGGUCUUGCUGCAGAAGUGGCUGCUAGAUCUCUCUCUUUUACCACCAUGCAGGAACAGACUUUUGGUGAUGAGGAGGAAGAACAGAUAGUACAAGAAAAUGAAAAUGAGGUACAAGAGAAGUAGGAACCAAGAUUUACCUGGAGGAUUUUAAAUUAUUGCUUUUAUGCAAGUGUUUUAGCUUCAAGGCUAGAUAAUCCACUAGAAAGGGAAAAUGAGUGUUAAGUUUACUAUAUAUAAAGCUAAGAUGUGAAUUUACAGCAAGAACCCUGGUUUGAACAUCUGAUCUGAAAAUAGUAGUUAACCUGUAAAUGGCAAAUCUUUUAGGAAAAUAAGAAAGGUAAGGGCUCUUUUGAAUAAACUGCUCUUUUUUUUUUUUUUUUUUUUUUUUUUGCAGCACAGCUGAUCGAUCUUGGAAAUUCUUUAGGUACUUUUAAUAAGAAACAAAUUUAUCAUUUCUUGCCAGAAUUUGCUACCAUAAAAUGACUGGGAUAAUUCUGUUGCAAGAACAUUAACAUUUAGUAUGACUCCUUUUUACUGUAUUCUUGCAGUUCAUAGCUGCAGCUAUUAUGUUAAUAACAACUUGUUUGUAUUUUAUUUUUGUUUAUACCAGUCUUAAAACAAAGAUACAGGUUCUGAAUAAAAAAAAAUUGACUUCAUACAAUUAAUGUGUACUGGGGUUUGGAACUAAAAAGUAGUUUCAAAAAUACUGGGGUUAUGACAUUUUUUUUUAUGUUUCCUUGUUCAUAUGUGUAUUCGGUAGUUAAUUUUAAGGUGUCCUAAUAAUCUUUAAAAGAAAAACAUUGUACUGUUUUAAAAAUUACCCUUUCAAAUAUAUUUUGUGUUUUUCUUCUGUUCUUGUUAUAACUAAUAGAGAUGAUGUCAAAGUAGGAUCCGUAUAGUCCAAGGCCCCAUAGUCCAAGGCCCCAUCGGCACCUUUGCAGAAAGUUCUUUGUAUCUAUUUGCCUACAGAUAAUUGGGUGCCGUUAACACAAGCAGAUCAUUUCAGCUGAUUUCUAGCCUGAGGCUAUAUCCUCUCCACCUUAAUGAGAUUCUGGAAACAUCCUGCCUGCUUCCUGGAAAGCAUCCUUGUCUCCUCAGUACUUCAUUUACAACUACCUCUUAAAAGAGGUUGCUUUCCAAAUUGUCCAGUGUCAUGAUUGCAUUUUCAAAAUGUGAUAUUUUCAGGAGUAUAUUGUUUCUUGAAACCUAUAGCUCCUACGCACUGACAUAGUUUAUAGACAUUAUUUGGGGAAAGUAUAGGAAUAAUAAUUUAUGCUGCUGUCCUAGAAAGGAAGUUACACAACGAAUAUAGAUUGUCUUUAGAAUUAAGAAACACAUUCAGAUUCCUGUAAACUUAGUACUUUGAGUCAGUAGAUUUAUGUGUACCGAGGAGAUUUUUAUUUAAUUUUUUCCAGUAAUCUUAGGAAAUUUAUUUUUUAUCCUGAGGAAAAACUUGAUUCUGCUUUGUAUGAAUAGUAGAGAUCCUUCGUACUAUAAGUGAUUCUGCCUAUUGCCCAAAAUUCUGGGACUGUCCAUAAUCAAGCUCUUAGAAACAUCACAGGGUGGGCCCAGUUUACCACUUAGAAGUAGCUAAAUUUCAAAAACAAAAAUCUUGUUUUGAAACUGACAAUCGUAUUCAUAAAUAAUAAUAUUUUCUUUUUAGAUUACAUAGUUUGCCAAGUCUUUUUCCCCUUGGAUUUAGAAGAAGCAAUUAUGGGAACACUUGGUAAUUGUUCCCCUAAUCUGUGACCUUACACAGGAAGAAUUAGAGUUUAAUAAUUUUUAAUUCUUUUAUUGUAUUAUUUUUAUUUACACCAGCUUGGGGAAAAUGUCUUCAUAAUAUUUCAUCAGUUUUAUUCAAUGCUCUCUAAGCAUUCAAAGACUGAUUUUGUUAUAAAUUUUUAAAAACUAACUUUAAUGAGGAAUUCCUAAUCUUCCAAUCUGAUCUGUUUUAUCUGCAAAUAUUCUACUUGUUGAAACCAUAAUACAAGGAUCUUGGGACUUUAAUUGAAGGUUCUUUUUUUGUGUAGUUUUUAAAAUUUCUUUCAUCUUAUAAAAUAUUGCUGAGAUAAAAUAGUAUCUUCCCUGUGAAUAUUUCUAAUGUUCUCUUAUAAUAGUCUAAAAGUCAGUGUUUCUCAGUUUUUGUUUUUGUUUUUGUUUUUUAUAGGAUGCCUAUAUUAGAAUAAACUGGAGGUCUUAUUUUUAAAAUGCAGAUUUGGGGCCAUAACUCCCAGUCAUUCUUAAUCAGUCAUUUUGGGAUGAGACCUAGGUGGUGUGUAUGCUCAGUCAAAUCUAAGAACCUCUGUCUAGGACUUUGUUUUCCUUGCCAUGGAUAUCUUAGGAAAUUAAAACAAAUACGCCAAUGUGACAUAAGUAGGUAUUCUUAUUACUUUUCUAAGAAUAUUUCACUUUGUAUUAUCAGGCUUUUGACUAGUUUUAAUAGUUGACAUCCUACAUCUAAAAGAAGCCCACUGGGAAAAAUAUUUUGUGAUGCAAAACUUAUAAUUAUGCUUUCCAAAUUUUACAGUGAUAUUUUGACAGGAUAAUUCUUGUUAAGAGUAAUAUCCUGACAGCUUUUGAUAUGAACAUUUCCAGAGUUUAUUUUACCAGGACAGAGCCAGUACAGAAACUAUUUAGGGUCAGGUCACUCUUGAGGACAAAAUUUUUACACUCUGCCUACAGUGAGGAAAGUCAUGGCAGUAAAUGACCUAAUAAUGGUUAUCAUACCUUAAAUUCUUAUUUUUUUUUCAGCUAUCAUUAUUAAAACCCACAUAUCUGGACUAGCUAGGACCAGACUCUUGCUGGUCUUUGAUUUGUGAUCUUUGGCUUAUUUUUUUAAGUUGUCUGUAUUAUCUGCCUUCACUAGUUAAGUCUUCUUUAAAAUUGUACUUCAUUAAAAUUGUAUGUUUGAAUAUAUUUAAUUAAGAACUCA